CCUUCAUCCUUCCAUCCACUUAGACUUAAUCCACUGACAAAACCCUAGCUCGUUCCCCACGCUCGCCUUAAACCUCACCCUGCCACCGGCCGCCGUCGCGAAUUCGCAACAGUAGAAGGCGAAGCAUCGAAGCGGCGGCGCGGCGACCAUGGCGGAGCUAAAGCGGCUGUCGGAGAGCCGCGACCUGACGCGGAUCGAGCGCAUCGGCGCGCACUCCCAUAUCCGGGGGCUGGGGCUGGACUCCUCCCUCGAGGCCCGCGACGCCUCGGAGGGCAUGGUCGGGCAGCUCCCGGCGCGCCGCGCUGCGGGGCUCAUCCUCCAGCUCAUCCGCCAGGGGAAGAUCGCCGGCCGCGCCGUCCUCCUCGCGGGCCAGCCCGGCACCGGCAAGACUGCGCUCGCCAUGGGCAUCGCCAAGUCGCUCGGUGCCGAGACGCCCUUCGCCUCCGUCGCCGCGUCCGAGCUCUUCUCCCUCGACCUCUCCAAGACCGAGGCGCUCACGCAGGCCUUCCGCCGCGCCAUCGGCGUCCGCAUCAAGGAGGAGGCCGAGAUCAUAGAGGGCGAGGUCGUCGAGAUCUCCAUCGACCGCCCAUUAUCCGCCGCCGCCGGCUCGGCCGCGCCGUCCGGUGCUACUGCGCCCGGCAAGACUGGGCGCCUCACGCUCAAGACCACGGACAUGGAGACGGUGUACGAACUUGGGGGAAAGAUGAUUGAGGCUCUUGGGAAAGAGAAGGUGCAGAGCGGUGAUGUGGUUGCACUUGACAAGGCGUCCGGGAAGGUUACAAAGCUUGGCCGCUCCGUUGGUAGGUCGCGGGAUUACGAUGCUGUUGGCCCGCACACCAAGUUUGUCAAGUGUCCUGAGGGUGAACUCCAGAAGCGCAAGGAGGUCGUGCAUUGUGUCACCUUACACGAGAUUGAUGUCAUCAAUAGCAGGACACAGGGUUUUCUUGCAUUGUUUACUGGUGAUACUGGUGAAAUUCGUGCAGAGGUCCGAGAGCAGAUUGACACAAAAGUUGCGGAGUGGAGAGAGGAAGGGAAGGCUGAGAUUGUUCCUGGCGUUCUGUUUAUUGAUGAAGUACACAUGCUGGAUAUUGAAUGCUUCUCCUUCCUAAACCGGGCAUUGGAAAACGAUAUGGCUCCAAUCCUAGUCAUUGCGACGAACCGAGGGAUCACAUCCAUCCGGGGGACAAACUACCGGUCACCACAUGGGAUACCACCAGACUUCCUCGAUCGCCUCUUGAUCAUCACGACGCAGCCCUACACAGAGGAUGAUAUCCGCAAGAUCCUGGACAUCAGGUGCGACGAGGAGGAUGUGGAGAUGUCUGCAGACGCCAAGGUCCUGCUCACGAAGAUUGGCGUGGAGACCUCCCUUAGGUACGCUAUCCACCUGAUCACCUCUGCAGCCCUAGCCUGCCAAAAGCGCAAGGGCAAGGUGGUGGAGAUGGAGGAUAUUAGCCGGGUGUACCAGCUCUUUCUGGACGUGAAGAGAUCGACGCAGUACCUGAUGGAGUACCAGAGCCAGUACAUGUUCAAUGAAGUUCCAGGGGAAGCAGAUGGAAAUGAUGCCAUGCAGUCGUAAAGUGGGUUGGUAUGUACUGGCUGGUGUACUUUGGAUGCUUAGUUCCUCGUUUAGAUCGAUGUUACCCUGACGGGUGGUGGAUGCAGACUAGCUGCUGUAGGUGACUUUACAGUUCGAUAUGUUCUUAUCAAAUUUCAUCCCAGCUGGGAUUAAUGAUUCAUUUGGAUUAUGCUACCUAUCUC